AUGAAGCCAGUUAAUAAAGGAGGAGCUUUUGUCGUUUGGUCGCGCCCACUUUGUAUCGAAGAAGCCAAUGGACAGCUGUCCGACCACAGAUCAACUUCAAAAGUAUCAGGAAAAGGUGGAAAACACGGUCAAUGGUAUGAGUGUCAAGUGCGCACGAUCAACAAUACACAAUCCUAACCUUGGUCGACCCAUUGUCCCUAACUGCACUUUUCCCACGGAAAACAUCUCAUCCCAUCUGGAUGAAGUCAUGGCGCAUCUUGUCAGAAGUCUUUCUACCUAUGCUAAGGACACCAACCGUGCUUUUCACAUAUUUGACUCAUUCAGAUUUGAC